CUUUUUGGUGUUCAUUUCAAGAAAAACAUUUAUUGUUUCAACAUAUUGAUUCUACAAUAGUAACUUGACUAUUCAACUUCAUUCCUUUACACUUAUAUCUAUUCACACGACACACUUCUAUCCUUACAAACUCAUAUAAUGUCAUCAACAACUCCCACAUCGAUUAGGUUGCCUUCGAUAAGCGAAUUAACCUCCCGCUCGUCUCCAAUCAGCGAAGCUCCCUCGCAGUUGUCUCCAAGAUUAAGAGCUGAUUCUAGAGUACUUCCCAACCUAGGUGGAUCUACUGGAAGCACAUAUUGGCAUCCUUUGAAGGCGACUACUCCUUCCAAUUACGUAUUGGGGAACACUGGAACCACAAACCCGAACAGCUUGCUGAAGUUGCCAUCUCCAACAUUGCCAUACUUCGAUAACAAGCAAGUGGCUCAACUGGUUACAUAUGCUACCACCGCCCCUGGUGGAUCCUUCUACCCACAACCAGUGUACUACCACCAAGCACCAAAUUCAUCUGUGCCAAUGCCAAUGGGCCACACACAAUAUGCCAUUCCAGAAGUGAUAAACAAACCUACGAACAAAUGCCAUAGAUGCGGCACUACCGAAACUCCUGAAUGGCGUAGGGGCCCCAAGGGUGUCAGAACUCUCUGUAAUGCAUGUGGAUUGUUCCACGCUAAGCUUGUAAAGAGAAAGGGAGCAGCUUUAGCAGCCGAGGAGGUGCUAAACAAUAAAGUAUGUAAGGGCAAGAACGGAAGAAGGAUUAGCAUCAAGAAGCAUUUGUUGAACGAGAGCAUGAAGAACUCC